ACGGAGGAUUCCGACGAUGGCUGGUACCUGGGCUGUGACACCUACGAUGACAUCCAGGCAAUGGUAGUGAAGACUUCUCAAGUGAAAACCGAUUCAAAGGAUGAGCCUUCGUUACUCAUGCUGUCAAAAAACAAAAAAGCUAAAAACAACGAUAAAGAUACAGGAACUUUGAAGGAAGCUCUGGCAUCACAAAAGUUACAUUUGGUCGAACAACUUCUAAACUCAGGCAUAGAUGUUGAAACACGUUUUGGUUUUGGUUGGACGCCAUUGAUGUAUGCUGCAAGUGUUGCUAACUUUGAAAUUACUCGUCUCCUUCUCAAUAGAGGUGCUAAUGCAAGUUUUGCAAAUGAUCAAUAUACUGUGUUGAUGGCUGCCUGUGCUAGUAAUGAACCAGAAGAAAAAGUGGUCAAGUGUGUAGAGUUGCUGUUGUCCAGAAAUGCAAAUCCAAAUACUUUCAGCAGGAAUCAGAUGACCCCAUUAAUGUAUGCAGCUAGAGAAGGCCAUACUCAGACUAUUAUACUGCUGGUGGCUCAUGGAGCAGAAAUAAAUAUUCAGGAUGAAAAUGGCUACACAGCACUGACAUGGGCAUCUUGUCGAGGCCACCAAAGUACAGUGCUGAAGCUAAUCGAGUUAGGAGCUGAUAAAACAUUGAAGACCAAAAAUGGAGAGACGGCAGCUGAUAUUGCUGAGAAAAAUCACCAUUCGCAGUUAGCGUCAUUACUCACUGUGACUUCAAAUUCGCCCUUAUUGGGAAAACUCCAGAAUGUAACGAAAGAGGAGGCAAUUUUCAAAUACGUCACAAAACAUUGUAAUGCAGGGAAGAACAGCAGAAUAUGUUCAAUUUCAAAUUUUGGUGAUGUACAACUGUUUCUGUCUGGACUUGAACUUGAACAUCUUCAAGGCUUAUUUGAGGAGAAUGAGAUAUCUUUCAGAGGACUUCUGACAAUGGGAAAAGAAGACCUUGAAAAGAUUAAGAUCACUGAUCCUGAUGACCAACGGAAAAUUUUGGAAGCAGUUUGUGAAAUGCAGCCAGAAGACUUACAAGUUACUCAGUUACCUUCACUGGACAAUUUUGAUUGCAGCAGUGAAGAACUCACAAAAUUUUUGAUCAAGCUGAAGAAGCACUGUGGUCACUUGAAGUUAACAGUUCAGAAUGUGGCUAACCAGUUAUCAACCAAUUCAGAACUGAGAGUACUGGAUGUAGACCCUGACCGAAAGUCUGCUUUGGCCUGUGAAGACCUGGUUAGAUGUAUUCAGGAUCUGGAUAAAGAAGUGCAGAGAUUGAGGAAUGUUCUGCUAAAGUUGCAGAAUGACCAAGAGCAAGCUCCCAAUCGGAUACCAGCCUUGCAAAGUUAUUUCCAACCCAAUCGAUUCUUAAAGAAAGUAGCAAUUGGCCUGUUUGGAACUGGAUUUAUAUUUUCCCUCAUAAAACUACGUGUGCUGAGAAAUUAA